AUGAGUGCAGUAAUGAUCACACAUUAUACAUCAAAGCGAAAUAUCGCUUACAAACGAUUAUCGGAUGCUGUUGCCCUCGCUCGAAGGUUUGCCUUAACAGAGUCUAAUGCUGCACCAGAGAAUAUCAAAGAGCAGGAGAAGUAUCAAGAGGAAGCUGAUGAUAUGUACUUUGAAGUGCUGGAAAUAAUGAAAAAGCAUUUACAUAAAAAAGAACAGAGUGAUAUUAAACCUUCUAUUGACACUUCAAAGCACCAGAACUUGAAACUUCCUCCCAUGAAAUUGCCAACGUUUUUGGGACAGCUAAAAGAUUUUCCAGGAUUUAUUGACUUAUAUAACACACUGGUGCAUCAUCGGAAAGACUUAUCAAAUGUAGAAAAGUUUCAAUAUUUAAUAACUUCUUUAUCAGGAGAACCAAUUAACAUUAUUCGAGCUUUUCCUAUAUCUGAAGCAAAUUAUCAACAUGCCUAUGAUGCUUUGGUGGAUAGAUGCAAGACUUGUAAUCAACGGCAUAACAGCUUGCUACAUUUUCCUGUCAAACAAAAUCAAAAGACUGCUUCGAAUCAGCAAUCAGCACCUUCACCACCAUCUUCGGAAAAUGUUAUCACUCCAGUAACAUCCUUAUCAAACAUUUCUAACAGUUCAGAUUCAUCAUUCGUGUUGCUUGCCACAGCAGAGGUUGAAGUGAAAGAUGGAUUUGGUGCAUAUCAGAGAGUUCGAGUUCUUCUGGACCCGGGUAGUCAAAGCCAUAUCAUUACCAGCAGCUGUGCACGACGUUUAGGUUUGACUAAGUACAAGACCAACACUCCCAUGUCGGGUAUAGGUGAGGCUCCAGCGCAGUCCAGUGGUAGGGUGUUCCUCGAGAUCCGUCCAAUUGGUAAAUCUGAGCCUUCCUUUGUGACCGAAGCAUUGACCUUGGACAAGAUUUGUGGUGACAUGCCCACCCAUCAUGUAAAUCAAAACAAUUUUAAACAUGUAGUAAAUCUGAAAUUGGCUGAUGAGCGUUAUCAUCAGUCUCGAGCAGUGGAUAUUUUGAUGGGGGGAGAACUGUUUCCACAAAUUUUGUUGCCGGGGAAAGUGGAGGGUGAAAAUCAAGGUGCUACCGCUAUCAAUACAAUUUUCGGGUAUGUCCUUAUGGGACGUACACCAACAUCAUCGAGUGACUCCAUUCCUACUCCUCUAUCAGUAAAUCAUGUAUCAAUUGACGCGAAUCUCGAUGUCGCAGUUCAAAAGUUGUGGGAAAUGGAUAACAUCUCAUCUGAACCGAAGUGUCAAUCAGCAGAUGACAUUCGGUGUGAACAAAUCUAUCAAUCAACUACUCGUCGUGAUAGCGAAGGACGUUACGUUGUUCAGUUACCUUUUCGCGAUCAAUUACCAGUUUUUGAAGAUUCGUAUUCUAAUGCGUAUCGUCGUUUUCAACAAAUUGAAAAGAAAUUAAUUCAAAAUUUAGCAUUUCAAAAACAAUACAAUGAACAUAUUUUGGAAUACCUGUCGAGUAGUCAAAUGGAAGUGGUGCCGCCGGAAGAGUGCCGAUCUCCUAAAGCAUAUUAUAUUCCACAUUUUGCGGUAGUGAAACCCGGGCAGCUUCGCGUGGUUUACGACGCUUCUGCAAAGGAUAAAGUAGGCAUUUCCUUGAAUGACACUCUUUUGACGGGACCAAAACUUCAAGCAGAGAUAACAGAUAUAUUGUGGCGUUUUCGUCUUCAUAACAUUGUGUUCACGACGGACAUUCGACAGAUGUAUCGUCGCAUCAUAGUAACAGAUAAGCAUCGUGAUUACCAACGCAUUCUUUUCAGGAGUAACCCUGAUGAACCCGUUCAGGAAUAUCGUCUUAACCGUGUCACCUUCGGUGUUUCAUCAGCGCCAUUCUUGGCCAUUCGCACGAUCCAACAAUUAGCUCAAGAUGAAGAGGAGUCAUUUCCAGUUGCUGCGCAAAUUUUGCGUCAAGAUCUCUACGUCGAUGACGUCGUUACAGGAUGUAGUACCGUAGAGCAGGCUUUAGAACGUCAACAGCAACUUAUAGGCAUAAUGGGGUCUGGAGGAUUUGAGCUUCGUAAGUGGUCCAGCAAUCAUACCGCUGUGCUGCAAAGCAUUCCUGAAAAUCAUAGGGCGGUUCCAGGUGUUACUUUUGAUAGUGACAGCAAUUUUGUGAAGGUGCUAGGUUUAGCCUGGAAUUCACAAAAUGACACUUUCGAAUAUCAAGUAAAUCAAAUCAAAAGAGAUUGUACUAAGCGUACCAUGUUGUCAGAGUUGGCGCGUAUCUACGAUCCCAUCGGGCUUCUUACUCCAUUAACAUUUAUGGCUAAACAUUUAAUCCAGCGAUUGUGGUUGUUGGGAACAUCAUGGGAUGAAGCCGUUCCCGGUGAGAUUCAUCAAAUAUGGAUGAAGUAUACAGAGCAGUUACCUCAUUUAUCGCAGCUUCGAAUUCCUAGGCGUAUAACUAAAAAUGACACAGUUACUUACCAACUCCAUGGGUUCUCGGAUGCAAGCGAAGCGGGGUACGCCGGUGUAGUGUAUCUUCGGUCCACUGACGAGCGAAAUCAACAUCACGUGGCCCUCGUAGGGGCAAGAUCAAGAGUAGCUCCAACCAAACGUAGAACGCUGCCUCGCCUUGAGCUUUGUGGUGCGACUUUGCUCGCAGAACUUAUGAUGCAUAUCAAAAACCUGUAUGCAGAUAUGAUCACCAUCGAAGGUGUAUGGGCUUGGUGUGAUUCCACGAUAGUGUUGUCUUGGAUCAACUCAAAUUCAACAGAUUAUAAAGCCUUCGUUGGCAAUCGUAUAUCAAUCAUUCAAAGAAAGAUUCCGGAUGCUAAGUGGAUGCAUGUCUCCGGUAAGCAAAAUCCCGCAGAUUGCGCAAGUCGCGGGCUAACUCCAGAUGAGUUAAUCAAUCAUAAUUCAUGGUGGACAGGUCCUGAGUGGCUGUCUCACGAUCAGCAUCAUUGGCCUAUUGAGCCUGAUACAACCAAAUCACCUCCAAUCGAUCCUGAAAUAUCAUGUGAAAGGCCUUCUAAACUUCACCGUGAACAAGUAAUAAGGGGCGCCCCUCAGGAACAGCAUUCCAGCCAAGUUCAGAGCCUCAUCACACCUAGGUACAGUACAUUUCAGCUUGUUUCUAUUGAUAUUGUCUUCCAGUCGCCUGAGAAAAUGCUGAAUGUCAAGGAAGGUGUAAUGGAAAGGAAUAACAUGCAAGAGAGUGAACUAUAG